AUGUCAAUAGCAACCCGCCUGCGCCAACGCCUCUUCCCCAAACCCGUCCUCAACAACGGGUCCCAACUACGCGAUCAUCUAGCCAACGAGCGCACAUUCCUAUCAUGGACUCGCAUGGGCCUCGCCUUUGCCGCCAUGGCGCUUGCUCUGGGACGUUUGGGGAUGAUUGAUCAUGUGUUUUACAAUACACAGUUCGGCAACAACAGCGUCUCAAAAGAGAUAAAACCGGCCAUCGGUUCCGACAAGGAUAAUCACGAUGUGAAAUCACCAUCUGCAGGACAGAGCGACAUCCUAGCUAGCCAACUAUGCUGGACAAUCAGCAUUGGCUCGUUCGGAUAUGGAAUAUUUCGAUAUGUCUCUGUUCGAAGGACUUUGAUUCAAGGGCGGUUUGUGCCCGCAAUAUGGGGACCGGUUUUGAUGACAACUUGUUCUUUGGGGUCGCUUGCUACGUUGUUGCAUUCUGGGAGCGGGUUUCAGCGUCAUGAAGCGAAGUAA